AGUCCGUCGUACUUUAACAUUUUAAUCCUCACACCUCUCUCGGGGGAAUUUUUGUUUUAAACAUCAUCAGCAGCUAUCUGGAAUUUGAAUCAUUUUGGUUUCCCAUCACUGUGGAAAUUCCCGUUCCAAUCUAAGGAAUUUGUCCCCGAAAAGUUGUCACCGUCAGUGGUGCAGGUCUCGCGAGAAGGCGACCGUCUCGCGUUAUUUCCUUGUUUCCAGAAUCCUUAGCGCGGAGUGGAAGAAGACUCUUAGCUCCGCUUCUUUUGAUUACUGCGCGUUCCUCAGCGGCUUCUCAGGUUUUGAGUCUGUGUGAGAAAUGGCGGCCCCAGAACAGCCGCUGCCUAUGUCCAGAGGAUGCCAGAGCUCUGUUUCUCUUUCUCCCCCGCGGGGCGACCGAACCCUUCUAGUGAGGCACCUGCCAGCCGAGCUUACCGCUGAGGAGAAAGAGGACUUGCUGAAGUAUUUCGGGGCGCAGUCCGUGCGUGUCCUGUCUGAUAAAGGCCGCCUGAAACAUACAGCUUUUGCUACUUUCCCCAAUGAAAAAGCAGCUGUAAAGGCAUUGACAAGACUUCAUCAACUGAAACUUCUGGGUCAUACUUUAGUUGUUGAAUUUGCAAAAGAGCAAGAUCGAGUUCAUUCACCAUGUCCUCCUUUGGGCACUGAAAAAAAGAAAAGGUCUGAUGAUCCUAUGGAAGAUGAUAAAGAAAAGAAAGAACUGGAUUGUUUAACUGUAGAAAAUGGAAUUGCACCAAACCAUGGGCUGACUUUUCCUCUAAAUUCAUGCCUCAAGUAUAUGUACCCACCACCUUCAAGCACAAUCCUAGCAAAUAUAGUAAAUGCUUUGGCAAGUGUGCCUAAGUUCUAUGUGCAGGUGCUUCAUCUUAUGAAUAAAAUGAAUUUGCCCACACCUUUUGGACCAAUUACUACCCGGCCUCCUAUGUAUGAGGACUAUAUGCCAUUACAUGCACCUCUUCCACCUACAUCUCCUCAGCCACCAGAGGAACCUCCUUUGCCAGAUGAGGAUGAGGAAUUAUCUAGUAAAGAAUCAGAAUAUGAAAGCAGUGAUGAUGAAGACCGUCAGAGAAUGACCAAACUAAUGGAACUGGCAAAUCUUCAGCCCAAAAGACCAAAACCAGUAAAGCAGCGCCAUGUGAGAAAAAAGAGAAAAAUAAAGGAUAUGUUGAAUAUAUCAUCAUCUAUUUCACACAGCAGUUUACAUCCAGUGUUGUUACCUUCGGAUGUAUUUGACCAACCACAACCUGUAGGUAAUAAAAAAAUUGAAUUCCAUAUAUCUACUGACAUGCAAGCUGCAUUUAAGAAAGAUUUAGAAAAGCAACAAAAUUGUGAAGAAGAAAAUUGUGACUUACCUGCUACUGAAGCUGAUGCAUCUAAUAUAGGAUUCGGAAAAAUCUUCCCCCAACCAAAUUUGAACACCGCAGAGGAGAUUAAAGAUGACUCUGAUGAAAUGCCAUCAGAAUGUAUUUCUAGAAGGGAGUUGGAAAAGGGCAGAAUUUCUCGAGAAGAAAUGGAAAAUCUUUCAGUUUUUAGAAGUUACGAACCUGGUGAACCAAACUGUAGAAUUUAUGUAAAGAAUUUAGCUAAACAUGUUCAGGAAAAGGACCUUAAAUUUAUUUUUGGAAGAUAUGUUGACUUUUCAUCAGAAACACAGCGGAUAAUGUUUGAUAUACGCUUGAUGAAAGAAGGUCGCAUGAAAGGACAAGCUUUCAUUGGACUUCCAAAUGAAAAAGCAGCAGCAAAAGCGUUAAAGGAAGCUAAUGGAUAUGUUCUUUUUGGAAAACCUAUGGUGGUUCAAUUUGCUCGAUCUGCUAGACCAAAACAAGAUUCUAAAGAAGGAAAAAGAAAGUGUUAAAAAUUAGUAAAGAAGCAUCCCUGCGUAAAUACUGCUGUAAUACUGUCAUACAAAGUGUAUCCUUUCUUGUCGUAUCCUUUUGGGGCAGUGUUUUUUUAUUUUCCUAGAAGUGUUUUGUCUCUCCCCAACCCACUGAUCCAGCUUAAGCAAUAUAUUUUUUUUUUUUACAAUGUAUUGAAAUUAAGUAUUUCUAAAAUUAUCUGUGUUGAUUGAACAAAUCUUUUAUGUGGUUUUUAGAUUUGUUGCUGAAUUUUCUAUGCUAUCCUUUAGGUUAUGUAGUUUUUCCAGAGAAAGUUAGUGAAUCAGGUCAACUUACUUACUUGGAGAAUGGAUGCAUUUACUUUAACACAGAUUUUCUUCUUCUAUUUAUAUAUUUUCUAAGUCUAAUUGAGUAACAUAAAUGCUCUCUCUUUCAUGAUGUAUCUGGUUUAGGUGUUCUAUAUAACCUGUUAUAAAAUUUGACUGGGGAAAGGGUUUUUCCCCCCUAUAAAAAAUACAUAUGUUGAAAAUUUAAAUAACUGAAUUUCAGUGUGAAUUCCAGAUAAAAGUAGCAAACAUCUGAGGUUUUAUUAUGGAAAUCUCCUUUGAGAUAGCAAGUGGAAGUAUCUUUUUUCCCUUUCUUUUUCUAAACAAAAUAAAAGGAUUGAGAAAAGAGUAGCAGAGAGGGAAAAAGAUAAAGUUGACUCAGGGUAGCACAAUAAGCGGAAAGAAACAGUUCUGGUAGGUAUGUAAGAGCAGUGGUUUCCAGACCGGUUGAUAAUCAGAACCACCCAAACAGUGGUUCUCAAUUUUCACUGCAUAUUAGAAUGACUUGCAGAACUUAAAAAAAAAAAAAAAAAAAACUAAAGAAAAAUAAUAAAGUAAAAAGUAUUUUGCUUGGAUUUCUUCCUAGAGUUUUGUUUUAAUUGGUCUGUAUUUCUGCGUAGAUAUCAGUAUUUUCUAACCUCACAGAGUAUUGGUUCUAAUGUACAACCAAGGUUGAGAACCACUGAGGAAGGAUUUUUAUACAUUAAGAUUCCAGGAUUCUAUCAUAGAACUAAUAGAUGAGAAUCUCUGGAAUCAGGACCAAGAAUCUAAUUUUCCCUUAGUGGUUCUAAGGACUGACCAAUUUGAAUACUGCUUUGUUAGAUUAAACUGAUUACAUGGAUCCAAGACAUUACCCUAGCCAUCUAAACUUUUAUUAGUAGGAAAAUAACAGCAUUGGAGGAUUUACAUCCCUUUUCUUGCAAAUCCUACUAAUAGUACUAUGAAAACAACACAAAAUUCUGUUGUUAAUCAUUAUCACUCAGAGUACCAAAAGCAGGAAAUAGUGAAGUUGCUGUUGCUUUUUGCUAUUGGCACAGUUAAAAUUUUUAUUUUUUUAAUGUUAUAAGUCAGUUUAUAUGCUGUUAGAUAAUUAAAAUUUUGUUGCACUGACAUGAUUCACUAAUUUUCUAAAUAUAAAUGUUCUAGCUUUUAGUUAUUUUAGAACUAGUGAACUAUUUAAUAAUCAUUAUUUUUAAUGAAUUUUUAUGGUGUUUUAGGUACCUUUUAUCUCUCAAGUGCUUUCCACCUUUGUGGAGAUGAAAUUGACCACCUGGACUAUGGAACUGUGCGUAAUAGCUUUUAAAGUGUAUUUAAAAAUUAAAUCUGUAUGCAUUCAAAUUAGUUUAUUAGAGAUCUGUCACAUGUAUUUUAAUCAUCUUCCUCAUAUAAUAAAUUAUUUUCUUUCCAAUUAAAAUAAUGAUCUUAAUUUUUCUUUGUUAUUUAUAUGUUGAGGAAAGUGUAAUUUGAUAAUUACAUAAAUUUUUUUAUCAAAUAAUUUUAUAAUACUAAAUAGAAAUUUUCUUUUAUGGUUACAAAUAUUGCCCUUUUUCAUUCUCACUUGUAUACUGAUGCACUUAACACUUUUUUUUAUAGUAAUCUUAUUUUUUGUAAUUAUUCUCAGAGUAGUUCUGCUUGGCUGAGUUUUGAUGAUUUUGAUGUUGUUGUUUUGAUUUUGUUUUUUCUCUUAAGUGGUGGGGGAUUUUUCACAGGUUAGGGAAUUUGUAUACUUGCCCUAACAGUUUUUCAUUGUUGUGUCUCCCCGUGUAUCAGAAUGUCACGCAGUGGUAUAAAUGUUUCCUAUAUAAAAUUAUUCUGUUCCCUUAGUAAAAUUAACUUCAGCUCUAUGUUAAGUAGGAAACAUUGAUAUGUUUUAUUGGAUUUGUUCUGGUUGAUACUCUUCUGUGAGUAUGUAGUAACAGUUUUACCUUAGAGUCACUUAGAUCUUUGUUAGAAUGAUGUUGUAUAUUACAGCUUCUUCCCUUUUACUCAUAGCUUUGUGAAAUAAGGUAAGUGAAAAGUUUAAAGGUAGGAAAUAGAAGAAUGGAGAUUUGAACCCUGGCACAUGCUAAUAUUUAGAUGUCAAGUGGUAAGAAAACUUGACUAAGAGUAGGUAAACCCAAAUGAAGAAAGAAGCUGAACUAGGAAGGAGUGAUUAAAUAUGUUAGGUCUGUUGAUGAUGCAAGAAAGAUGAGUUCCGAAGACAACUUUGUUAAGGAGUCUUGCUCUCUGAGGGAAUAGUGAAAUGGGUUGUUAAUACAGGGGGAUAUAGUAUCAAGAAGGUUUUGUUUUUAUUUGAUAAAGAUUGAAAAUAUAGCAGAUUUGUAUGGCCUAAUGUAGUAGAGAAAAAACAAAGACAUGAUGCAGGAGUGAGAGAAAUGUCACUGGAACCAUAGAUAUGGUGUAUAAAUAGAAGGGUUAGUUUUAAAGAUGGGUGUGUAAACAGCUCAUUAAUAGCAGUGGAAGGAAGGGCAGAUUAUAAAGAUCUAGAUAUUUGCAGUUUGGUAUAUCUAAUGGGAGCAUAUACAAUUUUUGUUAUAUUUUCUCAGUUAAUAGGAAGCAAGGUCAUGAAGUAGAGGGAUGAAGUGUUGGGGAAAAAUGGAUUGAGGAAAGAUGUAAUAUAGAUAUUUAGGGAAGUGAGAAAAAGACACUUAGAAGGAUUGCUGGAUAUUACUUAAAAAGUGCCUACUUGAAGUCCAUGGUUGUUAAUUUAAUUGAGAUCAGUCAGUGUGGUUUUGUGUUUUUCCCAGUUUAGCCUUUGUACUGCUAUUGAGUGGACAGUCAGAUUUUUAAAGUUGGAAUUUCCUCACAUGAAUAUAACAAAAAGGGAGAAGGGGAAAGGUGUUGACAUAAUCAAAAGAAUGAUUAUGAAGGAGGGACAUGGAAAGUAAUCUGGUAAUGAGCAAAUUGAGAAAAUGGAGUUUCAGGCACAAUGGAGAAAUGGUAUGAUCCAUUGAGAUUGCAGUGUGGUUGAAGAUGUGUUGUUAUUUCCUAGAGGUAGGAAAUUUGGGAGGUUGAAAUAGAGUAACGGACUGAGAUUGAAAAUAUUAGAGUACCGUAAUUAGUAACUUCUAGAAUAUGAGUAUGGUAGUUGAGUGAAAGUGAGGUUAUGUAAAGAUAUGAAUUCAAGAAAUUAAGAAACUUGGAUAUUGAAAGGAUCAUAUGCGUUUUUUGAAAUGAUCAUUAAUUAUGAUAGGAAUAGUGAGCCAAAAGCUAAAUUAUUCCUUGGAAUGUGUAAAUUUGUCAGGUUUAUGACAGUCCACUCCACUAUUCUUGCCUGGAGAAUCCCAUGGACAGAGGAGCCUGGUGGGCUACAGUCCAUGGGGUCGCAAAGAGUUGGACACAACUGAGUGACUAACACAAACACACCAAAAAAGAAUAUUUUUUAAAAUCAACCUAAAUAAAACCCUGGAGUCCCUGUCCUGCUAUAGUGUUAAGAAUUUCAGCCUUAAUAGUUCACUGAAAAAUAGUGUUUUUAAAGUGGUUUUACAGGUAUAGAUUCUAAAUUCAAAUCUUGUGUCCAUGCCUUAGUUGCUUUAAGACUUUUUUUUCCCAUUUUCCAUGGGAAUAAUAAAAAUGGCUACCAUGGGAUUGUUAUAAAGAUGAUUAGAUGGAUAUAAAAUACUUAAGUCUGGUGUUGUGUGUGUGUGUAUAUAUAUAAAGAGAGAGAGAGUCACAUUUUCAAUAAAUAUUAGCUCUCAUAGUGGUGGUUGUGGUGGUUCUCAACUCACCCUGAUACUGAAGGUGAUAUAAAAAUUCUGAGAUUUUCAGUAAAAAUUCAGUCAUCUUUCCACCUCAAUUAUCACUGAGAUGCCCAGAUUCUUCCUUGCCACACCUAGGGAGCAGGAAACUAUUUGAAAAGUUUUGGAUCUUUGGUGUCUAGAAAUUAUGGAGAUGGAGAAGUACUUACAUAGCAAAAGCCCAAAUAGCUAGUCCGUCAUUGGAUUUUUCAGUUAUUUUAAAUAAUAGUAACUUUUUCCUUUUGCCAGAGAGAUUUGGCACACUGGCCAAGUGUGGGUCAGACAUUUCACCUGUGAGGCAAGAAGUGAAGUUUUAUAUAAAACAUGUGACUUGAAAGUUGGGAAUAGGCUUGUUCUCUCAAGGAAAAGCAUAGCAUUGUAAAAUCAAAAAAGAAACUUAGAUAUUAGGCAGCCAAAAACAAAUGUUUUGCUACAAUAUGAAGUCUAUAAAACUCUUUUUUCCAUGUGGUUGUUUUCCAUUUAUGCCUUUUACAAGGGCCUGGGCUGGUGUAAAGCAAAGGAGGUUCCUAGGGUGUAAAAUUUAAGGAGGCAUAUACUUUCAAGUAAUUCAAGUGCUCUUCACCUUAUCCUAGUCAUUAACAGAAUGAGCAUAAUCCUGAUUAUGUAAAUCAACAAAUUAAAGGAAAAAAAAAGAUAGCAUGCAAGUUGGGCUUCCCUGGUGGUUCAGUGGUAAAGAAUCUGCCUGCCAAUACAGGAGACGUGGGUUCAAUCCCUGGGUCAGGAAUAUCCCCUGGAGAAGGAAACGGCAACCCACUCCAGUAUUCUUGCCUGGGAAAUCCCAUGGACAGAGGAGCCUGGCGGGCUACUGUCCAAGGGGUUGCAAAAGAAUUGGACACGACUUAGCAACUAGACAACAACAGCAAAGCAUACAAGUUGCUGGUUUAGAUGAUUUGGAAAGUAUUUGCUGUGCAAGUGAAACUCCUUCAAAAACCAGUGUCUUAAAAAAAAAAAAAAAAAACCAGUGUCUUGAGAGAUUAAGUCUUUGAAAUUU